AGAUUUUCAUUGUAAAUCUGCGCAUGUGCUUUUAUUUUUAAAUUUAAUUUUAAUUUUAUUUUUUUGUUGCAUAGAAAAAUGCAUUCUUCUCUCGGUAGUGUCAAGUUUCAGUUCAAAUUAAAUCUCCAUUAUAAAUAAUAAAUUAAAAAUCAGAAAUAUGGGACGUAGAAAAAAGUCAUUAAAAAAAAUUAAAAAUAAUACAAAAGAGCCAUCUAAAAAUGAUGAUAAUGAUAAAUCAUUAAUUUCAAUUCUCGAUAUUUCAUUGCGACUUGAUUUGCCAUUUAUAAAAACAAUUGACAGUGAUGAUAACGAUGAUGAAGACGAUGAAGAAACAUUGGAAUUUAAAAUUCGUCCACGUUUUGUAUUUAUGUCAAAUUUAUGCUUAGUCUGCAUGCAAAUUUGCAACAACAUACAUUGUGAAAAUUGUAAAAUGGUAUCAUACUGUUCAACUGAACACAAAAUAAAUGACAAAAUAAAUCACAAUACACUUUGUAAUGCAUUGAGUGAAAUUUGCAAAGGCAUGGAAGGUUUUUCAUUAGCAAAAACAUUAACCCCAGAUUUAUAUCGUUUAUUUAGAAUAAAAACAAUAACAAUUAUUGAAAAUAAAAUUAACAGAAAGCUUGAUUUAUGGGAAAGAGAAAUAUUAUUAUAUCCAAAAAUUUGUAGAUCAUGUAAAAAAAUUGACAUGGAAUUAAUACUAUGUCCAGAAUGUCGUGUUGAUUAUUAUUGUUCGAAUCAUAAUAUUAAUCACAAAAAAUGGUGUAAAGAUUUUCAAAUUUAUUAUAAAAUAAUAACAAUGCAAUAUCUUCAUGGUUUCAUUGAGCCAUGUAUACCAAAUUUUUAUACCAAAGAGGCAUAUAUGUUACCAGAAAAUUUCGAUUUUUUAAUUUACAAAAUGUUUAAAAAUAAUUCAGUCUACAGAAAUAUUGAUGCGUACACUUAUGCAUCGUUGUCUUACAUAUCAACUGUACCAUUAACGACAUUAUUUUCGAUACAAAAAACAAUUGAUAAUUGGUAUAACUAUGAAGUAUUGACAAUUGAUAUUAUUGGUGCUGAAUUUACAUUUGAAUGUGUGUCAUUAAGAGCAUGGGAAAAAUUUCUAUUUCAUUUAUUACCAAAUUUAAAAAUAAUUAAUAUAAAUUUUACUGGACCAGAAUUGAUAUUACCAUCAGUGCCAAUUAGAUUCAUUGAAAAUGUAAAAAUUUGUCGUAAAUGUAAACUGUUGAAACGUAAAAUUAAUGUUAAAUUUAAUUCACAAAAAUUGUAUCAUCAUGUUGAUGAUGGUAAGGCUGAUAUUGUUUGUUUAUUUAAUCCUGGAUUAUAUAGAAAUACUGGAUAUGAUGGUAAUGACACUUGGCCAGAUACAAUUAGAAAAUUUUGUUGUUUAAAAGUACCAGUUGUUGUAACUUCGUAUACUGAAUUUGAAAUACCACGUGAUGUUGAGAGAAUUAAAUCUAUUUUUGAUGUUAAAAUACUUAUGGAGCCACAAAAAAAUCCAUUUGCUUCUGUUAAACCAGACAGAAAUUUUGUCAGUGAUGAUGUUGUACCACUUAUGUAUAAAAAUAAUUGUAUUUCUAUCAUUCAAGGAUUAUAAAAAUCAUCUUCAUUUAUACAAAUAAUUAUUCAACUUUUUUUAUUUUAAUUAUAGUAUAAAAUUUAAUUUUUUUUUUUUUUCAAGUGGUUUUUUUUUUACAUAUAGAACUUUUGUAUUGUUCAAUUUAAUUUUUUUUCUUUUUUCGUGUGGUAAAAAAAAAAUAUCCGGUAAUUAAAUUUUAUAAUACUCAAUUUGGUAUAAUUUUUUUUUUGACUUGUAAUUUUAUUUAUAAUUGAUAUUCACAAAUAAAGAAAAAUAAAAAAUAAAAAAAAAAA